AUGGCUUCUUUCGUCAGAAAAACGUUUAUUGCGAGCCUUGCAGCCGGCAUGGUAUGCAAUGCUGCUGCCAUCAGCAGGGAUAUCGCCGGCGAUGAUAGCUGGCAUCGAUUUGUUAGAUCGCCAAGCAGCCCGAUUCUGAAGCCCUAUAGUAUCCUGUCAGCUAACACGACUGGUGCUGUCAUCAAUCCCAGUGGUCUGCUUGAUGGAAAUGGUAACCCGACAGUUCUGACACGCAACGAAGGCGAUGAUGUCCCUUCGCUUGUUGUUGACUUUGGGCAGAAUGUGGUUGGUAUUGUUUCGAUCUCGUUUGCCGGAUCGACCAAUUCAUCUGAAGGAUAUCCUGGUUUGAAGCUGGCCUUUUCGGAGACUCAGCAGUACUUGACUAAUACCAGUGACUUCACUCGAUCUGAUAAUCUCCCAGCCGGCUCAAAAAUCACGAAUGGAACAGAUCAAAUUGCUGUUGCAAACGGACCAUAUACCUGGAGGGAUUCAACUGGCUGCGAACACGGUUCCCAAGUGUGUUCGGAUGGUCUUCACGGAUUCCGGUAUAUGAAGAUCUGGCUCGACGCUCUUGAGAGCGAUGCGCCUUAUGCUCAACCCUACGGCUCUGUCUCCAUCUCAAACAUUGAGCUCGAAUGGUCUGCCUACAUGGGAACCCCCGACACAUUCACCGGAUGGUUCGAGUGUUCCGAUGAGGAUCUCACUCAGUGGUGGUUCGAUGGUGUCUACACCACCGACAUGGACACUGAUGUUUUCCUUGCCAAUGAAACUGACCCCAGGAACUCUGCUACCCCCACACUCCAGGGCAAGCAAGUUCUUUUCGAUGGUGCCAAGCGCGAUCGUGACCCCUACGUUGGAGAUUUGGCUGUCGCUGCCCUGACCUCUUACCUGUCUCACAACUUUCCGGAAUCCACGCGCAAUAUCCUCGCAGACCUGGCCGAGCACCAGCGUGCUGAUGGGUGGAUCCCUCCUGCCAGCAUCAACAACUACACUCUCGAUCUAUAUGAUUACCCCAUGUGGUGGGUAGUGUCAACUGCCGAUCUAGUUAUGUAUACCGGCGACACGGACUUUGCGGUCCAGUACUACGACGUGAUGAAGAAGACAUUGGACGUCUACUACGGCCAAAACCUCACCUCCACUGGCGGUCUCCUCGAUAAAGAGAACGGCUAUGGUGACUACGCCUUCCUUCCCCGUUCUGGCCCUAUUACCUACUACAACGCUCUCUAUGUGCACGCUCUAAAAGCCGCCGCUCAUCUCGCCGAUAUUCUCGGUCACGAUGCCGACAGCAAGACUUGGACUUCACGCGCUUCUUCCGUUAGCGCCAAGCUACUUGCCCGUAACUGGGAUCCUGCGGUUGGUGCAUUCUUUGACGGAGGGCCUUGCCCCAAUGAAGCUGAAGGCACCAUUUGCAAUGUCCACGCCCAGGACGGUAAUGGGUUGUCCGUACUUUCGGGCGCCGUUAACUCCACGGUUGCGACCAGCCUACUUGACUACUACGCCAAAAACACGUCCCGUCCGUAUGGAAACGCGUUCUACGACAACGACGCCCUUCAGGAAGGGUUCUCGGAACGCGUUUACGCCUUCAUUUCUUACUUUGAGCUAGCGGCCCGGUUCGCUACAGUUGGUGCUGCAGGAUCGGCGUUUGACGAGAUUAAGCGUUUGUAUGGCUGGAUGUCGACGCAUGAUCCCGAAAUCACUUUCUGGGAGGGUAUUGGGCCCGGCGGAUCACCCUAUGAGGAAGGAUUUACGUCCAUGGCCCACGGCUGGUCAACGGGCAUUGUGCCUUUGAUGAGCAACUAUGUUCUUGGAAUCAAGCCUACUGGGCCCGGGUUCAAGACUUGGCAGAUUUGCCCUGUUGUUGAUGGUGGCAACCUUACCUGGGCCAGGGGACAAAUUGGUACAUUGCAGGGUCCGAUCAAGGUGUCCUGGCAGAAGAAGAGCGAUGGCGCUUUUGAGAUGCAAAUUGAUGCUCCUCAGGAUACCACUGGUGUUAUUUGCGUUCCGACUAGUGGAUCUAAGAACGCCCAGAUUGUGGUGGACGGGAAGAAGGUCAAUAGUAAUGCGAAGGCAUCUACGAUGGGACCGAUUGCGACAUCUGGAGAAAAUUUCAAGGUCCUUAAUGCCAAGGGUGGCUCGCAUACCAUUUUCGUCGGAGUCUGA